GCUACAAUGAGCAGCUUCCUUGACUACACAGUGAUGAGCGGCGAAGGUGGCUCAUGCUCUGUCAGGGCUUUCCACUCGGACCACGGGAUAACAACUUUCCAGUCCUGCGCGGUCACAGUUAACAACUGCGGCGCUGAUGACCGUUUCAUGGCGAGCAGGGCUUCCCCUGACGGCAUUGCCCACCAGCCGGGGUCAUACCAGUCUACUGCGGGCUCCCUGGGUCUCGCCUAUGGGGCCCACCCGGCCUGCAGCUCCAGUUAUGGACCCCAAAGUUUCUGUGCUACGUACAACCCUUACGCGCUCAACCAGGAAGUAGACACCACAGCUGGAUUUCCUCAGUGCGGCCCACUGAUGUACUCUGGAAACAUUUCCUCCCCAAUGGUCUCUCAGCAUCGCCAAGGUUACAGUGCCGCCCCCCUGGGCCAGCUGCAGUAUGCCCACGCUGCCUACGGCGGCGGGCACGAGCAAGCCACCCCUUUUCCCGGGUGCUCAAACCCACUGUCCCCUCUGCACGCUGCCCACCUGGAGGCAUGUUGCUCACCUCUGUCUGAGGCUGCGUCUUCUGCACAGACCUUCGACUGGAUGAAAGUCAAGAGGAACCCACCAAAAACAGGCAGAUCAGGGGAGUACGGCUUUGGGGGUCAACCGAACACGGUCCGGACCAACUUCACCACCAAGCAGCUGACGGAGUUGGAGAAGGAGUUCCACUUCAACAAGUACCUGACGCGGGCGCGGCGCGUGGAGAUCGCUGCUGCGCUGCAGCUGAACGAGACUCAGGUGAAAAUCUGGUUCCAGAACCGGAGGAUGAAGCAGAAGAAGCGGGAGAAGGAGGGGCUGCUGCCGGCCAAAGCCUCAGCCUCCGAGCCGGGAGAGAGCAAUCAAGAGAAAACGGACGAUGCUACAUCUGAAAAGUCUAUCUCAGCCCCGUCUACUCCUUCUCCCACAUCCUCCACGCUGUCUUCCACGGGGGCCGAUCCUUACUCUUCCAAUUAACACCUGCCUCUUUACCUCUUUGGGCCACAGGUGGCCUGUACAUA